CAUUUUGAUCAGUUUCGUCGGCGCACAUCGCGAACGAUGCAUCGUUGGGCUGGAAAAGUGGCGAUCGUGACCGGCGCAAGCUCCGGGAUCGGCUCCGCGUGCGCGAAGCUCCUCGCCGGACACGGCGUCAAGGUGGUGGGUCUCGCGAGGAGGAAGCAGAGGCUCGAGGAACUGACCAAGCAACUCGGUAGAGACAAAUUUGUCCCUAUUCAAUGCGAUCUCUCCAAGGAAGAGGACAUUUUGAAGGCUUUCGGCUGGGUCGAAGACAACCUGGGAGGCGUUGAUAUAUUGAUCAACAACGCUGGCGUCGUCAGUGCGACUAUGAUCAUCGAAACGCCAACCGAGGAGUACCGAAGGAUUCUCGACGUUAACUUAAUAGCGCCGGCGAUAUGUGCGAGGGAAUUCGCUAAAUCCAUUAGGAAACGCAAUGCGUGCGGUCAUAUAAUAAAUAUCGAUAGCAUACUCGGUCGUUACACGGAAACGGUUCCCAAAAUUUUCAAUAUGUACGCCAUUAGUAAAGCAGGACUCAUCGCGUUGCGCACGGAACUUCGUCACGAGAUGAUUCAGAGCACUCUCAACGUGAAAGUAACGAGCAUCAGCCCAGGACUCGUCUAUACAGAGAUGUCGCGGAACACACUGAAGGUAGAUGAAUUUGACAAAAAGAUCCCGAUGUUGCACGACAAAGAUGUCGCAGAUACUGUGAUACAGGCACUGUCCGCUGCAGACAGUGCAGAGAUCUUCGAAAUAACAGUUAUACCUCGCCACGUAUCAACGAUUCAAAAACGAGACAUUCCAAGAUCUGAAAGGAAGAACGCGAAUCUUUACCAGACAAAUAAAAUAAACCGCACAAUAACGUCCACGAACGCAGCGUUAAAGCUCGGCAGGUCGGCGGACAUUACCGCGAAUUUUUGUCGCCGCGAGCAGCAGAGUGGCAUCAGUGUUUCUACAGCGUUAGCCAUGGAUACUUGGGCUGGAAAAGUUGCUAUUGUGACCGGCGCCAGUGCCGGGAUCGGCACCGCGAUCGCGAAAUCCCUGAUCGACCACAGCAUCAAAGUGGUCGGCCUGGCGAGGAGGAAGGACAAGCUGCAGGAGCUCGCCCAGAAAUUCGGCAAGGACAAGUUCUUCCCCGUGCAAUGCGACGCCUCCAAGGAAGAGGACAUCCUGAACGCUUUCAAGUGGGUGAACGAGAAACUGGGCGGCGCUGAUAUUCUGGUGAACAACGCGGGGGUAGGAAGCAGCACGGCGAUCAUCGAUUCGACUACCGAAGAAUACCGGAAGGUAUUAGACCUUAAUCUAAUAGCUCCCGCGAUAUGCGCCAGGGAAUUUGUGAAAUCGAUCAAGCAACGCAACUCGCGCGGCCAUAUAGUCAAUAUUAACAGCGUGGCCGGGCAUUACGCGGAAACUCUUCCGAUACCACUGGGCAUGUACUGCGCGAGUAAAUACGGUUUGACUGCACUGGGCACGGAACUUCGUCACGAAAUAAUUGCAGCGAAGCUGAACAUAAGAGUCACGAGUAUCAGUCCAGGUGCCGUGUUGACGGACUUGAUGAAAGCAGUACUGAAGGCUGAUAACAUACCCAGUGGCGUUCCGAUAUUGUACGACUCGAACAUCGCCGAAGCAGUGAUCUACGCGAUAGGAGCACCAGAAGGCGCGGAGGUUUACGAGCUCACAAUUAUACCGCAGAACGCACCGGUCGGCGCCCCGAAAUUCGAUUGAUGGAUUUCGCGUUUCCCAUCGAGGACAAACGACAAAUGUUACAGAAGAUUUCGCGUCAGAAAUGAAUAUAAUUAGAGUACACACUAGUACA